CAAAAUCUUCAUUCGCCCACAACACAAGCAGAAGAACAAAAACAAAACAAAGCACUCGCUCAUCGAACUCGGUAGCGCGUUGCUGACUCGGAGCGACUGAGUUCGUGACUCGGACGGAGCACAGAGAGAGAGAGAGCGAGUCAAACUCAGCACCACCAUGGCUGGUAUUGCUCGUGGACGCCUCACCGAGGAGCGGAAGUCAUGGCGGAAGAACCACCCCCAUGGUUUUGUGGCGAAGCCGGAGACGCUGUCUGAUGGUACCAUCAAUUUGAUGGUUUGGCAUUGCACUAUUCCUGGAAAAACUGGGACUGAUUGGGAUGGUGGCUACUUCCCUCUUACACUACACUUUAGUGAGGACUACCCUAGCAAGCCUCCGAAGUGUAAAUUCCCACAAGGUUUCUUCCACCCUAAUGUUUAUCCAUCAGGAACUGUUUGCUUGUCUAUACUUAAUGAGGAUAGUGGGUGGAGACCGGCCAUUACAGUGAAGCAAAUUCUUGUGGGCAUCCAAGACUUACUUGACCAGCCAAAUCCUGCUGAUCCUGCCCAGACAGAAGGCUAUCAUCUAUUCAUCCAGGAUGUAGCAGAGUAUAAGAGAAGGGUCCAACAGCAGGCAAAGCUAUUCCCACCUCUUGUCUAGUGCUAUAUCGGCUUACUUUAGAAACUUUUUAAAGUAUGGUAGAUGUUGUUUGCUCUCUUGUUCUGCUCUAAGACUUAAAACUGUUCUGUUCUGUGAUUGUUGGCUGCCAUAAUAUGCAGAGACCAAUAUUUUUACUAUUCAUGCUUAUUCUCAGAUCUGGAUGAAGUGUUAAUAUAUAUAAACAUUGUGCAAGUCACCCAAUGAAUACUUGGUGACACAUGCUGUGCCUGAUGUUUGCUACUACAUUUCCAUAUAAAUGGAUAAUAUUACUUUAAUGAAUUAUAUGACUGCUUUGUUGGAA